UACUGCAAAUUCGACCGUUAGUUUUGUAGUUUGCUAUUUUAGACAUAGUCAGAUCGUUCCGCCUCAGAGCUGCGAUCCAUGCAGCUCUGCGUUUUCUAGACAAAUCGUUUUUAUGCGUUAAGAACCUGAAACUAAGUUCUGUGGGGAUGGAAUGAAAGGACACCACAUCACGAUUUGCGCGACUGGUGCAACCAAAUACGAGGCAUGACAUAGGCAUAAUUUUGAGUUAAGAUAACACUUUUCACUUAAAAAAAAAAACUUAACAAGUUUACAAAGCAGGCACAGGGCAAGCUGCAAUGUUUAUGUUUACCUUUCCUGUCUGCCAAUUACCGCCAUAUUGAAUUUCAUUUGACACUCAUCGCUUGAAGCGCUUUCGAGUUUCGAUUGUAAAGCCCUCCGAACCAGAAUAUUCGAGUCGUUCGGGUGCUACUCCCCUAACUCCCUCGCCAUGAAAUUCUGGGCCUGCACGAUUGCCUAACUAAUGCAAACAAAUGUUCAUAAGGAACUCCAAAGACGUCAUCAAGUUACACAUUACCAGACAACCUAUUAACUCCAGGGACCUUGGACCAACGGUUAACAAAUAAAUUUCAGUACUCCUAAAAUAUAACUUAUUUCUGAUUCUGAUUUACUGAUCCCGACUCGCGAAGUUGAGAGCGUUCCAAGAAAGCGUUCCAGAUCCAUCGACGGAACUGACUUUUACCUCUACCGGAAUUUUUCGGUGGACUUUUGAAAAGUGCCUAAAGUGAAGUUUGGAGUGAGUGAGGUUAGGUUUAUUUAAUGUUGUUCUUUUUCAUUCACGAAAAAUAAAUCAAAAUCAUCUCAACAUUCUCAACCAUCCUUUAUAAAAUUAUUGAUAAAUUAAUUUGGUAUUCUAUUGAAUUUUUUAGUUUUCAUCUACUAAAUCCUUGUGAUGUCUGACUGUGAAGUCCAAAUUGACGGCCACUUCCUAGACCUCAUCGACGACGAGUGGAGGUCUGACAAACUACCAGAAGACGACAUCGACGUACCUUUAUACGAACUGGCCGAUCCUGAAGCUGAUUCAGGAGACGUCCAUUUAACUCUAAAGGAACAGGAACAAAAGUGGACUGACAUACGAUUGAGCAGUUUAAGUGAACACCAAUAAGCUCAUCUUCUAUCUACUAUUAACAUUAUUAUGGAACUUCCAAACUUGGGCAAACGAUGUGCAGACGACCAUUGCAAACAACUGGACUUUUUGCCUUUACAAUGCCGCUGCGGAAAAAUAUUUUGUUCAGAACAUUUAAACUGCCAUGCGCAGACUUGCACAAAAUCGAGGUUUUUGGCUGAAGAUGAAUUGAAGAAGAUUGAAAAUAUUUUUGUUUGUUCUAGAGAAGGCUGCAAGGAGAGGAGUGUAGUACCUUUAAUUUGUCAACGAUGUGAAAAACAUUUUUGUAUCCAACAUCGCCACCUGGCACAAUGCCAGGAAAAAUCACCAGAAGAACAAGCAAAAGAAAAAGAAAAAUAUUUUGAACCAGUGAAACAAUUCAAUAAAGCCAAAGCAGUUGUAGACAAACAAGUAGAAAACAGCCUUGCAGAAGCAAAAAAGAAAUCAAAAAAUAAAGAAAUGGCUGCCAAAUUGCAAUUAAUGAAAAUAAAAAAUAAGGCUAUUGGGCAAAAAAACAUUCCUCCGGCUGAUAGAGUGUAUUUUAAUAUUCAUAUACAAAGCCUUGGCAGAGAUGUUCCAGUGUUUGUAUCUAAAACAUGGUCAUUGGGUCGUGUCAUAGAUGCGGUCGCAGAAGAAUGCAAACUGCAAAAUAACAACCACAAGGGGAAUGAGAAAAAACUGAGACUCUUCAAAAAGGAUGAUAAGAAAAUAGUGUUUGGUAAUUUAACAGCAACUUUGAGUGGUUUAUUAGCUGAUAAAGUAAUAGUAGAUGGCGAAGAUUUAAUUAUAGAGUAUGUUAGUGAUACUUGUAUAAGUUUAUAAGUGAUUUUUUUAUAAAAAUCUGGAAAAAACUAUAUUGGUUUUUAUUUUUUAUAAAAUUAGCAUAAACUACAGUAGCAUCAAGUCAAUCAACUAACAAAUAUACAUUCAUUGGUCACCUUUUUUCUUUGUUAUCCAUAAUGCACCACAGAUAUAAAAUCUAAUUCCUGAUUUAUUGCACAAAUCAAGUUAAUGGUCACUGGCUUUUGAAUUCAUUGAGAAAUUUCUAGAAAGCAAUUCAAGAGCCGAGAAUAAUUCAAAUUGUGAUUAUUAGUGGCCCUUGGUUUAGUCUAAGCUAAUUUUUCUAUUGGUAAUCAUCAGAUACUUAAGAGUCCAAAUGUGGUUUUUCAAGGAAUCUUGUUUCACCUGAGUAAUUUAUCAUCAAGAUUUGGACUACUGAUCAUAAUUUUGAAUAUUAACGGAUACUGUAGCACUAUUUUUCUUUUAUUUUGUCAAUGAACUUUAAUGUCAAAUUGUCAUGUCAAAGAUCCUGACCAAUAAAGAAACAAUAAUGCGACAUACGUUUUCGUAUUCAAAGCAAUCUUUGAUUGGUUUUUUUUUUGAAGACCCGAUAUGUUUCUGUACUAUAAGCACUUACAUAUAUUUUGAUUGGAAAGAAGUGAAAAGUUGCGGAAAAUGGCUUUUACAUUUUGAUGUAUAAGUCUUAUUGGAACUAGGAAAGGAUAUUUAAUAAAUAAUAUGCUUUAU